AUGCGGUAUGGAAGCGUACGGCGAAGGAAGCCCCGAAAAAAGUCCAAGAAGGGUCCUGUGGGUUUCGCACGUCAUGUGAAUGAUACUCCGAUCCCUGACUACCAUCCACUCACCUACAAGCAGGUAGGUUGGAACCGAUUUGAGAUCACUACUCGAGUAGUUCUGCGAAUAUCUGCACUCUCACAAGGUCGGCAGGCAUGAGCUCUUCAAUGUCAAGCUCUCAACUGCUGUUCUGGAGGCAUUAACACCUGGCGAAAUAGCAGACCUGAAAGCUCUCUUUGACCAACAGGACGCAAACAAUGACGGGUAACUCUCGGCAAGGCGCCUAUAAAACUUGGUCUACAGCCUCAUCACUCUCCAUCAAUUCACGCAGGCCCUGAACAUUCUCAAUCUCUCAGCAGAACAGGAACUGCAGGAGACCCUCUAUCGACAGUACUGCCUGCCGGGAAGGUAACCUACUAAUUACUCCAGUUAGUCUGCACACUCUAAGUCUCCUAGAUAUCGACGGCUUUCUGAGCACCGUGACGAAAUUGCAGGGUACACAACAUGACAUAAUGGACGAGAUCAGAGCAGUCUUCAACCGAAUGCUAAUAGGUGGUGGGUCCCAGCCUUAGAGUAAUUCUUUAAGGAAAAUGAAGUGCUCACCGUAUCGAAAGACUUGAUCGACUGACGUUUCGAAGAGCUGCGGCGGCUCUCCAUUAUAAAAGCUUCUAGUGUAAAAUCAAUCAGAAUUUUGAAUGGACAGCCGGAUUAGUUGGCCGUGGGUUGAUCGAUUGUCUUCUUCUUUCGCUGCCUUAGCUUACUGGCCAUCGACUGUGAGUGUUGGUGGCCUCCUGUAUUGUGUGUCGUCACCUCAAUUGGAGUUAGUUGCGUUUGCGGUCCCAUUUUUGGCUGAAUUGGUCGACAGGCCGUGUUUGCUCGGUAUUCUUAGGCUCCGUAUGACUAUCUUGCCUUCGCCACGGCGUAUGUAAUGACGUCGGACUUUAAAAGGCCGAAGGAUGGUCUAGAUGCCUGUUGAUGGUGUUGGCAUCUGAGUACCAAGCCUCAAGUGUGAGACGCUCUGUCCUUGAGGUGUCCCUGCCUAAGAUGGCUGUUCCUUGAAAAUCAAAACUGUGACCAGUUUCCCCGAUGUGAGCCGCAAGCUGUGAGUUUUGACCUAGUCUACGAGUUGCCAGUUUGUGCACAUGUAGGCGGGUCAGCAAUUUCCGUCCGGAUUCCCCAACGUGGUUGCAGUCUCCAUCGUUACAACGUAUUUGGUAGACAACUGCUGAGGUUUCAGUGGGUGGCAGUAUGUCUUUGGGUUGCAUCAAACGGCGACGAAUUGUUGCCUGGGGUCGAUGGGCAAUGCCUACCCUGGCGGGCUGUAACAGUCGUGAAACUGCCUCGGAGACUCCUUUAAUGUAAGGGAUAGCCCUCCAGACUUCGGGUUGUUCUUGUGGCCGUCGUCUGUUGACUCGGCGCCUGCUUUGUUUUAUGAAGUAGCUUGGGUAUCCAUUGAUUCGAAAGAGGUCAAUAAGGUAUUGUCGUUCAAAUCUUUUGUCGGCAGUGUGCUUCAACUCGUUGGAAUGGAGUAUGGAUACGGCCGCGUUUGUGGGAGAGGGGGACGCAAACGCAACUAACCUCAAUUGAGGUGACGACACACAAUACAGGAGGCCACCAACACUUGCAGGCGAUGACCAGCAGGCCAAGGCAGUGAAAGAAGAUGAAAAUCGAUCAGCCCAAGGUAAACUAAUCCGGCUGCCCAUUUAAAAUUGUGAUCGACCUUUCACUAGACGCUUUUAUAAUAGAGAGCCGCCCCAGCACUUGGAAACGUCAGCCGAGCAAAUCCCUCGAUCCGGUGAGCACUUCAUUUUCCUCAGAUUAUCAACCCGGAUAUUUUACUUCGGCUUACCUGAAUUAUUCUUUAAAUUUAGAUGAUGAAGAUGGCCUCUCGUUAAAGGACCUUACGGAGCUCUGUGAAAGCAUGGGUCUUAACUACUCUAAUGAGGAGCUGAAUGAGAUGUUCCAGGCCGCCGAUACAAACAACAGUGGCACUGUGGAACUGGAUGAAUUCACCAGUAUCAUGUUGAAAACCAAUCUCUUUCGUGAUUUGGCAAAAUAA